UUUGAUUUUAUAUUUAAUAUUUAUAUCUUCCUUCAAAACAGCCACAGCUGUGAUCGCUAGACCUCUUCUAUUAAUCGUUGUUUCUUUUGCGCACUUUUCUCAUCACUGCAGUCGAAUGAUCCCAUAUUAAAAUAAAAUUUACCAUUCUUGCCAUUGGCAGUUUCCAUUCUCGCGUCAGAAAUGCCAUGUGGCAGCUGGCGUAACUGCGGGACUGGUUCCUGAUUUGUUCACUGGAUCUUACGUCGCCUGACGCUGGGUCUUCCGUUGCCAUCAUGAAAUCUGCAGGCCGUAUUCAAAAUCCACGCUCCUUAAUCUCGCGUCGUCCAUCCACCCCAAACCGAGGACCUGCAGAAACCAGGCGUCAUCCUCAAAUCCAAAGUGCGACAGCUCUGCCGUUCCUUAUCGGGUACCUGUGCGAAUGGGGAUUCCGUAGAAGAAUUGGAGGAACUUUUCUGGAAUAAUAUCCUAAAUCCGGGACACAGUACGGGGACGCAGGAGUCGGUGGAUGCGGAGAUGCUGAUGGUGGAUGGAUUGCUGCGCUUUGGAGAAGCCUUCGCGGAACUCUUGACAACAUCCUUGUCGAAUGUGCUCGGUUAUGAAAAUGGCAAGGAUUUUCUGGUGUUUUUUUCCCUUCUGCGGAACUGGAAUGCGGGUGGCGACUCGUCCGGGAAAAGACCGAGGACAACCUUCGUUGAUGCAUGCAAUUACGAAAAGGCGUUCUGGAAUAUUCAGAAAGACCGACUGGAUGGCGAUUUUGCAGUAUCCCCGAGAGGAAUUUACGAACAACGAUCUGAAAUAUUUGAAAAUCUGAGAGAGAUAAAACCAGAAUAUGAAUCGCCUUCCAUACCCGUACGAGCCCAGCCAACUGCGUCAGUUAAGAAAGCCGGCAGCGCCGAACAAUAUCAAGCGGUUUAUUGGCGACUGUUUGUUUACACCGGAAGUUAAUCGUUUUCACAUUACUGCCUGCCAAGAAGGUUUCUCCGACACGGUGUGGCUGCUGACUGUUGGACAGUUCACUUCGGAAAUAGGGAAAUGUUUUAAGGGUCUUCCGUCGUCGAUAUUCGAACGGAAUGCUGACAAUGGCAUGUUUCGGGCGAUCCAGGGAUUUUGCGUGGAAGGACUGUCCAAAUCCGCCGUGGAAGGUGUCUGUAGUGAUGCAGCGUAUGGCGGAAGUGUAAUAUGGAAAGUGCGCUCGUUCUUGCAGUCUGCUGAUGAACGCCAGCUGCGUGAUGUGGGCAGCACUUUCCUCCAGUUUUGCUCGGCGGUGAGAACGUACCUAACAGCCUGGAGUUCCAAUGUGGAUUAUAAUCUAGCGGAAGUUCGGGGUGAUCUACUCAGAACCUGUAAUAUUCUGCGACGCUUCAGCCGGCCUUUGGAUUGUUUAUUACAGAUCUGCUCUGAGGCGGGUUCGCUUGUGGAUUCCCAUGGACUGCCCAACUGCAGUUACGCCCUACUGCAGUACUUGUACGACUGUGCGGAAGACUGUCUGGAAUCCGAACAUCUUUUUCCGUUGGUUGUAUUUCUCCUGGAUGAAACGGCCAAACCGUUCGCCAACUUCGUUUCGAAUUUGGCGCUGUAUGGUCGGUACGAUCGUUCAUUGGGAGAAUUUGGGAUCCUGAUCGACGAUCAACGGGAAAAGAAAUCGCCUGAAGUUUAUGGCAGAAUGAACUCUUCUCGACGGAAAUAAUCCCGACGUUCUUGUCAAAAUUCUUGCUGGAUGCGGCCACCAGCGGACGAUGUUUGCAUUUGAUCGGCGCCAUUGAUCGUCUCCAUCCCAUACUGCCGAAAGAGGGAGCCGCUCCCAUGUUCUGCAUUUCUGCGGCGGCAGAUGUAACAUCCUAUCGGGAAGUGCUAGAAAAUUAUGCAACUGGUGUUCGCCAGCGUAUCAUAGAUAAAACUGGAUAUUUUCGUCCGGAUCGAAUGGGAUCAGAAUGCAGCCUAAAGAUGGAUGGAUUGGUAUCGCAAAUCAGUCAACAGAGCGGUGAUUCAUCCGCUUUCCAAAAUAAUCUGCAACGAUGUCUCGGAUCCUUCCGAGCGCUUCUGCGUAACGUGAUUCUUCCCGUUUCCAGUAUUCAAACCGAGCUGGCUCAGUUUGCCCUGAUGGAUCUUUUCAUUAAUCAGCAAAAUCUCCUGGAUCAUUUACGCAUCCUCCACAAUUAUUUCUUCCUCACUGAUGGAGCAUUUUCCCUGGCAUUCGUAUCGGGUGUUUACCAAAGGGCUGCUAGAUUCCCGUUGAGGCCCUGUUUGGACAUAAUCGCUUUUCUGGAUAUCUUCGAAAGCAGCCUAAAUGUCUAUGAGGAGAAUCAGUCAGUUGGUUGGAUGGCUCUUGCUAAGAAGACUCUGGCAGUGACGAUACUGAGUGGAUCAAGCAACGGCCAGGAAAGAAUGCCGGCAUCGUACGAUAUUGCUGAUUAUCUCUGUCUGCAAUACGAGAUUCCAUGGCCGGUCGGGAUGCUGUUAACCAGCGCCGUUAUGGAGCAAGCCAACGGAGUUUUACGCGACUCCUCCGUAUUAAAGGCUGCAUGUGGGUACUGCAGGACGCCUUCUCCAUCCUGUCCGACGCCCGCUACGCCGAUGACAACGAGUCACAUCGGCAGCAGCUCAACAUCUUCCGCCACAAUAUGGCGCAGGUUAUCCGGGCACUGGACGAGUAUUUCAUGGAGAGUGUUACAGAGGAGGCAUGGGCAGCACUGCAGUCCCGGUUGAACAAUUGUCCACACUUUGAUCGGCUCCGUGAUGUUGUCCGUGAAUAUGUCCACAGUGUUCAUGCGCGAUGCUUCUUUCCCUCAUCGAAAAAAGCGGCAAAAUGCAUUGCUUAUAUGGUGCAGUGUGUUCUGCGCUUUGUGCAUCAGCUGCGCAGUGAACAUUCCUUCGCCGAACUGUCCAGCACGUAUCAGGAUUUCAGGCUGGUGUCAAGUUGUUUCUAAAUGCGCUGUCUAAAUCCACGGAAUCACCAGCGCUCUUAUGCUCCCGGUUAGAUUUCUGUGGUUUCUAUGAGACGAUGCCUUUGCCGUGGGACAUGGACAACACUUCGAAACGAUUAAGUUGACUAGUGUUCUCUUCGUUCUCUUUGGGUGUCACAUGUGUUUGUCGUCCAGUUAUGUUCGUUAAUUUUUUACUGACAUUCCUUGUAGCUGGAUUUUCGAUUCUGGUGCUUUCGUUUUGUGAUUUUCACUGUUUCCUCAGUUACUAAUGAGCUGAUAAUGAAAAUGCAAGCCAUAUUGCAUAAUGGUGAACCGUGUACAA